AUGAUACCUCCUCCGGAGCCGACGUCCGAGUUCAAACCCUCUUCCAAGGGUGGCAGCUCGGCCCUCCGCAGCGGGAGGUCUUCCCGGAGCUCUACAAUUGCCCGCAAAGCCGAAAAGUUCAUCUCCCCUCGUGGCCCAGCUCCCAUUCCAAUAUAUGACUUUGACUCUGCUCCGGCUCCGCAUAUUGGUCAUGAAAAGCCAAAAGAUGUUCAGCCAUCUACCACAAACAAUACGAAGGAGAGCAAGCCCGGCUUCUUCCGGGGAAUGUUUGGAUCAGCGAACGAUGAGACGCCUAUGGCUGUGGCUUACCACAGCUGGAUCAGCCGCGUGAUGAUGCGGAAGUUCAAUCAGGAAAGCCUUGAGGUGGGUGACCUGGAAAUUGAACUGAUUCCUAUCCAGCAUAAUAUGAAGCUCACUGGGCCAUGA